UUGAAAAAAAUCCCCAAAUCUACGACACAGAACUGAACCCUAACUUUCCACAAACGGAAGUCACAACAGAGAAGAGAAAAGGCGCGCGCUUUCUCCCUCUGGCCCCGUCGGACCCAGCAUUUCGCGGCGGCGCUCUAUUCCUCUCCGCAGCACAUUUUUUGGUACGGCAAACAAACAAAUCAACCGCGCUUUCUCUCCCAUUACCACUCACCCUUGUUGUGUAAUUUGUCAGGUUGCUGAAUCUGUUCUCCUCCAUGGCUAACAAAGCUAAAGAAGAGCCUAACACUGCCCCUGCUUCUGAUCGGUGGUACGACAUUGUCCUAGGCCCUUCCUUCAAAGAUGAAUCCUCUAACAAAUACUGCACUCUACGUUAUGAAUUUAAGCCAGCUUCAGUUGAUAAGAGUAAGCCGGGAUUGCUACGCAAGACCAAAGAGAAUAGGGUUUCUGUGGAAUUUCAGAACAACCAAGUAGGAAAACCCAAGGUGACAUUUGAGGGGAGUAGUGAGGAAUACAAGGAAAAUGAUGCUGUACUCUUCUUUGAUGGUCAGACACUUCGGCUGGAGCGGCUUCAUAGGGCUGUAAAGCAAUUGCGGCACCUGCGAAUGCCCGGUGAAUCUGCAGCCGCUGCAACUGCUGCAGUGCCUGCUCCAGCUGGGCCAGCUUCGGAUCCUCGGUUAUCCCCUGUUGGGAAGUCUACAAAACCAGCACCUCCUGUUAGGAACACAUUUCAGGCAGUACCAGUUGAGGUGGAACGAAUUGACAUUGGAGAACCUGAGAAUACUGGCUUCAAAGUUGGUUCUAAGAGGCCAUUCGAAUUUCCAACAGAAGUUACAGAACCACCUAGCAUUUCUGCUACCUCACCAGUUGCCAAAAAUGAUAUUGAGGAACAUCAAGAUAUAGAUAUUGAAGACCUAUUUGGUAGUGCAACACCUGAAGACGAUAAUAAGUCUGAAGAAGAGAAAGAUAAUGUUGGGUUUGACAUGAAUGUCCCGCACACCGACGAUGAGAUUGCCGAUGUGGAUGACAGCGGCGACGAGGUGGACAAAGGACCGAAUGCUGCAGAAGCUCUCCGGGCUCAGGUGAACGCAGAGGGGAGGGACAAGCAGACAUCUAGUUCUAGCAGUAGCAGUGAAAGCGGAACUAGUGAAAGUGGCACCGGUAGCGGAAGUAGUAGUAGCAGUGAUAGUGAUGGCAGUGAAGAAGACUCUGUUACCUCAAUCUGAGAUUUUUAAUUUUUUAUAACUUGGGGGCUUCUUUCUUUUCUCCCUCGCCCUUUGUCAUUAUUUUCUGCAAAUAGGCCAAUACAUAGAACAUAUAUUUAUCUAUUUGUUAAGCCUGGCUUGGUUGAAUGUAAUAAUUAUUCUUCUUGGUUGUAAAGGUUGGGGAAUUUUCUUGACACCAUAGCUAGAGUUGCUUUUAAUGUAUCACAAGGAAGGGUCACAAAUCAUGUUAUAUUUCAUGGAUUUGUAUAAAUCCUCUGUAAUUUUGUUCUGUCAUGGGACAUGUGAAACAAUGUUUUAAGGCAUGAGAGAAAUUUAAUUAUUGAUUUA